GUUUCUCCUCUAUAAUUUGACACCGCUGCCACGUAGAAGCCACUUCCUGCAGGGCCCGAAGUUUUCCAGGAGCAUCUCUGUGUAAUCGCCUCUGCGGCUCACGAGGAUGUCUUCUAAGAAAAUGAAUCCACGCCCGCACGGCCCGACUGAAAUGUGAUCGGAACAACACAGACGCAAUGGGUAGCUCCACCCUCCUGUUGGCCACGGUGGUGUCCAUGCUGGGCGGUCUGGUCUUUGGCUAUGAGUUGGGCAUCGUCUCAGGUGCUUUGCUGCAGCUCAAGGCAGAGUUCAGGCUCUCAUGUGUCCAGCAGGAGGGCCUGGUCAGCUCUUUGUUGAUAGGAGCUCUGCUGGCGUCCAUCGUGGGCGGCUGCUUGAUCGACCAUCAGGGCCGCAGGAACUCCAUCCUCCUCAGCAACGUCCUGAUCCUGACUGGCAGUCUGGUGCUGCUCAUCAGCUCCUACUCUGCGCUGGUGGUGGGCAGGGUCAUAGUGGGCUUUGCCAUGUGUAUAUCCUCCAUGUCCUGCUGCAUCUUUGUGUCUGAGAUGGUGACCCCUGAUCGUCGGGGCCUCCUGGUAACACUGUAUGAAGCUGGGAUCACUGUGGGCAUCCUGGGAGCUUAUGCCAUGAACUACAUCCUGUCUGAUUCUAAAAGAGGGUGGAAGUGGAUGUUUGGAUUAGCCAUAGUACCGACUUUGAUUCAGCUGGUCUCUAUCUGGUUUCUUCCAUACAACACUGAGGAAUCUUUAAGCCAAAAGGUUUGCUUUCAAACUGAAGGAGAACUCAUGAGCUCCAUCGAAAACCAAGAAGCAGACGAUUCAAAAGGCAGCUUCAGCACAGAAAACAAGAAAGUUCAGUACAGCAUCACGUACCUUUUCCAGAGUGAAGACAACAUGAGGACCCGGACCGUCAUUGGUCUUGGUCUGGUGCUCUUUCAGCAGUUCACAGGCCAGCCAAACGUGCUCAUCUACGCCUCCACCAUCUUCCACUCUGUGGGCUUUCAGAGCAAUGCCUCGGCGGUGCUGGCGUCCGUGGGCUUGGGGUUUGUCAAAGUGCUCGCCACUCUGACCUCCACGGUGUUCUCGGACAGGGUGGGCAGGAGGCCUCUGCUCAUCAGCGGCUGCUCCGUCAUGGCGCUGAGUCUGAUCACCAUCGGACUCCUCAGUGGACAAUCUGUGAUGAACGCUAAGAGGCCUUGUAAUUCUGAGGCCUUCAACGUUAACAGAACAGAUCUACCUCGUUUAACCGCUGCCAAUCGGUCAGUUUUAGACCCGCCUUUUGAUGAGAGCCAAAGACUCCUCAUUAACAACUCACAAGGUAAAGAGGUCGGACUUGAUGAAGAAGGACGGACACCACUGGACACUCCUCUGGGGUCUUCUUCUGAAUUUCAUGGCACAGUCGUGAACUGGAUCAUUCUCGUGUGUAUGAUGGCUGUUGUCAGUGCAUACUCUGCUGGAUUUGGACCAAUGACUUGGCUCCUACUGAGUGAAAUAUUCCCAGCUGCUGUUAGAGGAAGGGCAUUCGCAUUCACCAACUGCUUCAACUGGGCUGCCAACCUGUUGGUCACAUUCACUUUCUUGAAUUUUAUUGAUGCGAUCGGUCUGUCGGGGAUGUUUCUUCUGUAUGGGAUGACCGCGGUGGCAGCAGGAAUUUUCUUCUUCUUCAUGCUACCGGAGACCAAAGGGAAGACUCUGGAGGAGAUAGACAAAGAGCUUCGUUUAAACAGGUUCCACCAGAGUAAGGAAUGCUGCGGCAUCACCGGCUGGAGAAACACGUCCCCACAGUAUCAGAGAGUACACUGUCAUGUUAGCACCUCGGGGUGAUUGCACUGAUAAUAGCAUUGUGACAGGCAACACUAGACAUACUGCACACACGCAAGAGUUUACUGGAAGACAACUCACAUGAAAAUCAUGAUAGCCGUCUCUCUUUGUAUUGAAAUAAAUGUGUGGUAAACAUGUUUUAAUAA